AAGCGACAAUCCCACAAAGCGGACAACCAGGCUUAGGAGCAAACAUCGCCAUGGAAGCAGUAACAGCGAAUAAAAAUGGAGCCUUUUUUGGUAAUUGCUUCUCCGGCAAUGAGCAUGUCUUCAUCUAUCCACAACCAAUUCUUGUUCUUCAGGGAUUUACUUGACGACUAUCAUGACCGCAGAGAGAGGCUCAUUAAAGCAAGUCGCGACAUAACAAACAUAUCCAAGAAAACCAUAUUCCUGCUACAUCGACUCGCUUUGGAAGCCCAGGAUGCAUCUGCACGUGCCGAUGCUUCCAAGACGGGCCUUAAAAAACUAACUGAAGUGCAAAAAUUGUAUGCCGAUAUGAAAGAUGAGUUGGCUGGCGAUCAGUACUGGCGUUAUGAACGGCAGGUUUCUCCUGGUCUACAAGAAUACAUCGAAGCAUUGAGCUUUGCACAUUUUCUGGAACAUGGGGGCCUAAUCACGUACGAGCAGGUGCAAGCAACUCUAUGUGGCGCGGAUGGAAUAGCUUUCUUCCCUUUGACAAUUUCUGAUUACCUUCUUGGGGUUUCUGAUUUGACUGGUGAACUCAUGAGGUUUGCCAUCUCUGGAUUCGGGCGUCCAGGUGGGCGCGCAAGAGCCCUGGAGACUUGCAUCUUUGUCAGAAAUUGUAAAUCAGACUUUGAAAGAUUCACGCCCUAUGUAUGGGAACUGCACAAAAAGCAAGUCGUGACCGCUCAAUCCUUGUCCAAAAUCGAAGAUGCUGCGUACACUGCUGUUGUCCGAACGUCGGAAUUCGACUUACCUGCAGAAAUGUUGGACGACAUAGUUAAUCAGACUGUCUUGAAUUAUAGUAAUAACCGCAGAAAUCUUGAACGAGAGGUCGAUGAUCAGGAACACUCAAGCGACUUCUACCGUUAAGCUAAAAGCAAUACCUUGAAACAUGAUUG